AUGGCCGAGGCAUCCUGCAGCGGCGGCACGCCCUUUAAACGCCUCAUCGACCACCAGUCCCGUGAUGUCAGCCAUCAUCAGGAUCGGCUCGUCGAUCGCUCCGGAGUCAACGGUCGCGCUUCUUUCCGAUCUGUCCAUGGCCAUGCCGCGCCUGGCCAGCAGAGCUUUGACGCCUUCAUGAACGAGCCCCCGUCAGCGGCUUCCGCCUUCUCCACCCUACCUCUCGACCCCGCUAGUCGUCUCGCCGUCCAUGCCGCCGCCCUGCAGUCGCCGCUCGCGCACACCGAAUUCGUCCAUGCGCGCGCAUCUCCUGCUCCCGAUGUGAGUGGAUGGGCCGCCGACUUCGGCCGUUUCUCCAGCCAGCAGCAGAUGCGCGCCGCCGCGCCCGCACCGGUCAUGCAUAUGGCGCAGCACCAACAAUCUCCGUCGUCCAUGCUCAACUUUAGAACUGCGUUUGGCCAGCCUGGGCCGGCUUUUGCGCCCUUGAUUGACCGUGGCAGCAUGGCUCCGGCGCCACCCCUUGAGUCUGGCUUUGACCAGGAAAUGGCCCGGUGGAUGGCGAGCCACGGCGGAGGCAGUAUGUCCGAUGUGGACGCCGCCAUGGAUCAAAUGGCCCGCGAACUCGAACUUAACGAGUCGGCCCUCCCGGAAACUUCGAUGGCCGAGGCGGCCACAGAGUCCUCCGUCGCUCAGAAAACCGCGCCCGCCACUCACUUUACCGACCUGGAGACCCCCGAAAUCAGCAAGCUCUCCCUACGAGAUCCCGCCACGGGUCCUCAAGCCCCCCUUCAUGCGCCGCAGGUGCUAGAGUCAGUACAACAGGACCAACAGGGGGCCGACGACACAGCGGCGCUGGACAAGUCGGCUGUCUCCGAGGCCGCGGAGAGGCUGCUCGAAUCGGUGCAGCACGAGGACGGGGAGAAGUGGCAGAAUUCCGUGUUCCUGUCGCUCAUGCGCGACUUUCGAGACGGGCGCAAGGACAUUGUCGAGAACGAGAUACGGCAAACGGCCGGCCCCAGUGGCGGCGAGGCUGCCGAGAAUCAAGCCUUGACCUGA